CCUCCUUUUUCCCCUUUCUCCUUCUGUCCCCUCUUGUGUUUAGGCUGCCUUUGCCGGCGACGACUUGCGACCAGCGAAGAGCGAAGAGCGACUCGCGAACAGAUCUGCAGCACCUUUCUUCUCCGGUGGCGUGCGGCUUCGGCGACACACACCACCCCCAGAUCCUCCCUCGGCGACUUCCAGUGCUGACCCACUUGAUAGAAGCCAGAUCUGAGUUACCCACUCCCGUUCGACAUCAGAUUUGCGAGCCCGAACCGUAUCGACCCCAGAUCUACAGUGUCGAAGUCCUUCGACACUGAUCCAGCCAUAACUCAAGACGUUUCAUUGUGAGUCAAUAGGAACUUUUCGGCAAUGCUUAGGAGUUUUAGGACACCAUUUUGUAAUGAAGGAUUUUAAUGGGACGGGGGAAAGACCUGAAUUCAAUAUGCUCUUCUGGAACUGCAACUGAUAUUGUAGAUAGAAGUCAGCAAUCUGUUUGUCCAGAGUCAGGGUCUAAAAAUCGUACAUCCUCCAAAGCCUCCUUAUGGCCAGGCUUCUUUGCAUCUACUUUCUCAAUCUUUGAACAUCAUAACGAGUCCUCUGUCAGUGAAAAGAAGACAGUUCAAUCUCGACACAAUGGCUGGACGACAACUGUGAGAAAAAUUAUGACUAGUGGCUCAAUGAGGAGAAUUCACGAGCGCAUAUUGGGUUCUCGCAAGAGUGGUGUCUAUAGUUCAGGUGGUGACAUAUGGCUUCUUGGUGUAUGCCAUAAAAUUUCCCAAGAUCUAGCUUCUGAUGAUGCAGUUACUAGCAAUAGUGUAGCAACAUAUGAGCUAGACUUUUCAUCUAGGAUUCUGAUGACCUACCGUAAAGGUUUUAAUGUCAUUCAAGAUUCAAAAUACACCAGUGAUGUAAACUGGGGUUGCAUGCUAAGAAGCAGCCAAAUGCUUGUGGCUCAGGCAUUACUUUCUCAUAGAUUAGGAAGAUCUUGGAGAAAGACUCCACAAAAGCCAUUGGAUAAAGAAUAUAUUGAGAUUUUGCACCUUUUUGGUGACUCGGAGACAUCAGCCUUUUCAAUCCACAAUCUUCUUCAGGCGGGAAUGGCCUAUGACCUUGCUGCCGGGUCAUGGGUGGGGCCAUAUGCCAUGUGUAGGUCAUGGGAAACUUUAGUCCGCUUAAAGAGGGAGACCCCUAAUCUUCAAGACCAGCAACUUCCUAUGGCCAUGUAUAUUGUUUCUGGAGAUGAAGAUGGAGAGAGAGGUGGUGCCCCAGUUUUAUUCAUUGAUGAUGCCUCUAGACAUUGUUUUGAGUUUUCAAAAGGGCAACUUGAUUGGACCCCCAUUCUUUUGUUAGUUCCUUUGGUUCUUGGACUUGAAAAAAUCAACCCAAGGUACAUCCCAUCAUUACGAACAACAUUUACCUUUCCCCAAAGCCUCGGGAUCUUGGGAGGGAAACCCGGUGCUUCAACGUACAUUGUGGGCGUUCAAGACGAAAAUGCCUUUUACCUUGAUCCACACGAAGUCCAGCCGGUAGUUAAUGUCGACAAGGAUGAUCUAGAGGCUGAUACUUCAUCUUACCACUGCAAUGUCAUCCGGCACAUCCCGUUAGAAUCCAUAGAUCCUUCUCUAGCACUUGGAUUUUAUUGUCGAGACAAAGAUGAUUUUGAUGAUUUCUGUUCUCGUGCUUCAAAGUUGGCCGAAGAGUCAGAUGGAGCUCCAUUGUUUACAGUUGCUGAAACACAUUCCGCAAAUUCAGUGAGACACAGCAAUGCAUUGGAUGGCAGUAGUAGGUCAGUCGAGGACGAUACCAUCAGCACGGUGCACGUACCGAUCGAAGAGGGGGCGCAUGAGGAUGACUGGCAAUUUCUCUGAUGAAAAGAAAGACCAGUUUUGAGAUAUGGGAGGAGAGUCAGUAAUCAGUACGAGUCAUUCUUGUUUACUGCUCUAAGGCUUCAUUGUGGCUAAUAUUAUGUGAAUGGCUUUAGUUUUAUUUAGUGUUAUCUGUGGAAUAGGCAUUUAAAAGUUAUUUUAGAUUUUAAUUUGUUGAAUUUGUUUAUUCUUGUUCAUUUUCCAGAUGGAAAUUAGCCCACAUUUGAGUGUAUAAUAAAUAAGCAGUAGGUUCUAUUCCAAUUCAUAAAUGAAUUAUUAACGACAGUUGGUGCAGUAGGCUA